GGGUGCUCCGUGAGCUGCUUGGCGCUAUGGACAUCGGGUGGAAGCGCGAUCAUCUCUGGCUCUACGUGCUGGCCCUGGGCUUCGACCCGGGGGCUGACGACGGCGACUUGCUACUGGGAACGGAGAUGUUUGAUGAACCAAACAACAGUGCAUUUCAUGUCAUUGCCCUCUUCUUGCUUGCUAAGCUGGAUCAGUCCCGUGCAGAAGCAGCUUUUGGAGACUGUUCCUUGCCAGGAGGAAGCAAUUUCAUAGAUCCUGAAUUUAGGAAGCAGUGCUGUAUGUGGCUAAAAGAUAUUGCAAAUGAAGACCAAAGCUGUCUUCCACAAUUUACACCUUCUGCAUUUAUUUCUCCUGCUGGUCCUAAAUUUAUUCACCUGUUUUAUCGGUUUGCGAGACAUGUAGUGGUUGAAGACAUGAAAACAAACUCUGUAGGCACUGAUAUACCUUUUGCUGAAGCUGUAAAGUUGACACCUGAGGAUAAGUACAUGGCAAAUGCAAGAUGUAGAGUUGCAUACAAUAAACUUCUGCAAAUUUUUCAAAAGGAAGAUUUUGUUAUUCAAGAAUAUGAGAAAAAAGCACAGCUUUUAAUUAAAGAAAUAAAACAGAUAAAGUCUGAAUAUGCAGUCCUGGAGAUGCAGUCUUGCAUGAUGAAACAAAGUGACCAAAACAAAAAUGACAAAACUGAGAGAAUUCAGAAGGUCCGCAGUAUGUGGACACUUAUAAUGGAAAUGCUUAUAUCUCUGAAAAAGGAAAAGGAAGUUGUGGAUUCUGUACUUGAUGUACUUGAAGAUUGUUUUGAUGAGUGCGUUUUAGAUGGAACUAACGUUGUUUUCAGUGUUCCACAGCUGUUGGCUCACAGAGUUGAAAAUGACAUACACCAACCUUGUACAGGAAAUGUAUAUGAAGCUGAAAAACUGAAUUUCUUAACAGUCAUUCAGUUAUUAAAUGAAGCCCUGAGGACAUUGAGAGAUGACCUUUGUCAAUUUGAAUUAAAAAACCUACUUCAGGUCAUUGAGGAUAGCAUUACGUUCCGCAAUGAAGUACGACAGAAUUUGGAAGAAAAGAGGCUAAACAUAGAGCAACAGCGUUGUGUGUCAAUGAGUGGAUCUAUUUCUAGAAAACAGCAGGACUGGGAAGUGAAGUGGAAAAGGUUUCAUGGCCUGUGUCCUUUUAAUUUAAUCUUAUAUCAGGAUUCAGAACUUGAUUUGUUCAGAGCUUCGCCACCCCAUUUUAAUCCUGCAGAACAAGAUGAGGAUAGUGUCUUCUGUCAACAUCUAUUAUCAGUUCCAGAGGUUUGUGACUCUAUUCAUGAAGUACAUUAUGAGAAAGAUGACGGGUCAUUGGAAACUAUGAUGGAUGAGUCAACACCACCACCAAGAGGGAUCUCUUCAGUGCCUUUGGAGUUGUCAAAAGCAUCUGAAAACAGAGACGUGUUAAUUGAAAAGAACUUGCAUAUUGAAACGUGCAAGGGGAAAAAGAAGCCUGUGCCUCCAACGAUCUUAAAAAAUGGAAAGGAUGAGUCUGCCAUUUCAGAAACAUGGGAGAAUGCAGGUGAUCAUGUUAUCCAGACAGAGUCUCCUGUCAGAAAAGAAGACCCUCUUAAGAAAGCCAGAGAUGAACUGGCAGAAGAGGUUGCAAAAACAGUGAUAUCUGAGUCGCCUCAGAGUGGUGAAGGAAAAGGAGUGGCAUUGGAAGAUCUCAUUAGCUCACUGGCUUUUAACCCAUUUCUAACAAGGAAACAAAUUCCCCGAACUCCAGAAAAUCUGCUUACUGAAAUUAGAAGCUCAUGGAGAAAAGCUAUUCAGACUGAGGGCUCAUCAGACAUAGAGCUGGCCCCAGCUGAAGUAAUCAUAGAAGAAGCUCCAGUGGCUACACCUGUAAAGCAGAAGGCGGCAGACUCUAGAUUUGUGUGCCCUGUCCUUGCAUCUUCUGUACCUUUGUUUGAUCCUCCCUUGUCAGAAAGAAAGUCCCAAUUAAGUUCUACAGAAUUGAGACCACAAGAGCAGAUGAGGAUAAGUCAUAUAAUUGAAUCUCCAGUUUCAGAAACAUCUGGAAUGCGAGAGAGUGAGAGAACUGAAGCACAGGAAUUAAAAUGUGUUGUUUUGAACAAAAGUUCUGUAGAAGAUCCAGAAGAACAGACUUUUCAAUAUGUAAAGGAGAGCAUGAAUACUCCAGAUAUUUGUUCAGAAAACGAUAGUAGAACAAAUGUUCUACCUUCAGACCACUUUCAGGGUUCCUUAAUGGGUGGGAUGCUGCACAGGAAUGCAUCUCCAUUGUUAAGUUCUAUCUGUCGUGAAGGUAUCCUCUUGGGGAUAUUGGAUGAGACGCUUCCAGAAGAACUUGAUAACAUAGAUACCAACAAAUCUGCAAGCUCAGAGUCUCAUUUUGAUGUAAUAGACAGCACAUAUGUAACAGAUAGUUCAAAAAAUAAGGGGGAUAUUAAAGAAUCAAAGCUAGAUCUACAGUCCCUGUUCGACACAUACAAAGCACUGAAAAAGACUGCGUCUAGAAGUGAAGAGGAGCUGCAUCAAAUAUGUAAUGGAGGUGAAUCUGUAAGUUGUAGAUCAGACCUAAGUCUUGCACCAGAAAAAAGAGAAAGAGGUGAAUUGUGUGGUCCUCUAGAACUCUUCUGCUUAGAUGAAGAAUUUACCAAGACGCCAUCGCCAAAGUCUUUUAAUGAAAGAAAAUAUUCCCUGUCAUCUUUGCUGGUAUCCUGUCAACAUCUGGAGGAAAUGGCAUCAAUGGUACAUGAAAUCCCAUUAGACUUAAUGCAUAAGUUGAAGGAUAAAGAGCAGUUGAAUGAGAAGACGGGCACGAAGGAACCAUCAGGAUAGAAUUUGUAAAGCAGGAGCAUAACCAUAGUAGCGCAAUUAUGGUUCACUUGAGCUUGUAGCAUCUUUUGCAAGCACUGCCUAGAUGGAGAAGUUGCACUCCUUUCUAUUUUUUGUGGAGACUGUAUUCCAGUCUAGUUUUUUAAGAGUGUCAGUUACCUGCUCUGGUUCUUCCAAUUUCAUGUCAUCCAUAGUAGCAUUCUAUGUACAACCCAUUGUUUAUGUAUAGAACUAUAUGUUCCUUUUUAAGCAUAUGUUUAAAAAUAGCUGAUGUUGAGUAGGUGGCAUAAUCCUAGAAAAUGGAAAAACAAAGUCUCAAAUGAGAAAUAGAGACACCAAAGAUUUCACUGUCUUGCCCAUACUCUCCCCCCCGAUUUUACUUGGUGCUCCACAUUCAUUGGAUUCUUCUCUUUUAUUGAGACUUCUGGUUGAUAUUGCCAUCAGUUCUACCUGUUAAUACAGACUGCUCUGUUUUUAUAAACUUCCACUAAAGUGCCUGUUUCUUUAGUGUGAAACAUUUAUUCAGUCAUAUGCCUAAAGUUGUAAAAAUUUAUGACCUGUGGUAGUGUUAAUGCCACUUUAUUUUCAAAUAGUUGAUAUACAUUUACAACGUUGUGAGGUAAGUAACUGAUAAUACAGUUUGCGGUGGGGUGGUGUCGUGGUUUAACCCCAGCCAGCAACUAGGCACCACACAGCCGCUUCCCCCUCCCCCCUCCUAGUGGGGUGGGGAGGAGGAGGAAAAAAAAAGUAAAACUCGUGGGUUGAGACAAGAACAGUUUAAUAACUAAAGUAGAAUAAAAUACAAAAUAUCAACAGUAUUCUCACACUAAAUCCAAAACACAGCACUAUACCAGCUACUAGGAAGAAAAUUAACUCUAUCCCAGCUGAAACCAGGACAUGUGGGAAUGUAAAAGUUGAGGUUCCAGCAGAUAAACUUCUGAUUGUAAAAGUACUGACCCCCAACCUGAUGUGUUUACAGAGUUUUGAAGCGUUGCUAAGUUGUUUUUCUGUUCUGGUCUAUCUUUUACGUCCUUUCUUCUAAAACAGUUGCAAAUAGGUUUUAAGAAGAAUGUCCACCUGUAUUUGACAUAUUCCUUAUAAAGCAGAAUUUGACAAGCUUUAUGAAAAGAGAUUUAUGUGGCUGGUUGUGGAAGCUAUAAUGUGACUGCUAACAUGUUAACACCUGAGAGGGAAGUGCUUCUUAAUAGCCCAUUUACAUACUUAA